AUGGGUAUGGGCUUCGUUGUUGGCAUCCUUGGCGUUCUGAUCAUCUCCCACGCAGCCUACUGUACCAUCCAGUAUAGGGCUGUUCUUAAGAUCACAGAGGAGGAGCUCUCUAGACCACCCAUCAACGUGGUGAUGGAGCUGAUUUUAGGGUUGAUUUUAUGUUCGUGGGCUGCGCUGACUGUGCUGGGGAAGUUUUUAUCGAUACUCCCGGAUUCGUUGGAGAACAGUUGCAUGCACUGCCUUGAAGUUGCUUUUCUCCUCUUUUUGGUCCUGAUUACCCUCAAAGCUUUAAUUGGUGGCAAAACUCUGCUUGGACUUCCCAUUAGUUUGUUCUAG